CUUAACGUUAGAUGUCACCCGCCAGUAAAAAUGAGAAAGAAGAAGCAGUCAGCUGAUGUGCAGGUGACAGACAGACCAGUUUCAGGUUGCUGUCUCCAUGGCAGCAAUGGCCAUUCUACAUCUGUUGAAGAAGUGGUUACUUGUUGAGUUGCUGAUCAACAUCUCUGAGUCCGCUGUGUGUCUGAAUGCACCAGAUGCUGUUACAAUUGAGCAAAGCUCUUCAGCUGUUGUCACCAUUUCUUCCAGUUCUGCUGUCAAUCAGUCUACAGUGAUUCACCUGAAUGUAACCUUCAGCUCCCAAGAGAACUACUCAUCAAUAAUCACGCUGCCUGAACAGGUGUUGCUUCCAGAGAAAGCUACCUCAGCCAAUUUCACUGUCGUAACACAUGAUGUUGGUCAGGUGACUGCACACCUGUUCAGCAACAACACACACCUGGACAGUCUGUCGUCCAGGAUCCGCUUCAUAGUGAUCCAUAGCAGUGUGCUGUCAGUGGUGGCUCAGGUGAUAGGAUGGAUUUACUUCGUGGCCUGGUCAGUGUCUUUCUAUCCACAAGCCUGGGAAAACUGGAGGAGGAAAAGUGUUGUAGGUCUCAACUUCGACUUCCUGGCUCUCAAUCUAACGGGCUUCAUUGCUUACAGUGUCUUCAACAUCGGCCUCUUCUGGAUACCCUACAUAAAGGAGGAGUUCCUUCAGAAGAAUCCCAAUGGGAUAAAUCCUGUCAAUGCCAAUGACGUCUUCUUCAGUCUGCAUGCUCUGCUGUUCUGUGUGAUCUACGUCAGCCAGGCUGCUCUCUAUGAGAGGGGGGGUCAGAGGGUGUCAUGGACUGCUAGGAUUCUGUUGCUGAUUGGUUGGACCUUUGCUUUGAUCAGCCUAUUUGUUGCUGUGGCCCACAAAAUUACCUGGUUGGAGUACCUCUACUACUUCUCCUAUAUUAAACUAGCAGUUACUCUGAUCAAAUAUGUACCACAGGCCUAUAUGAACUACAGGAGACAAAGCACUGAGGGCUGGAGCAUCGGCAACGUCCUGCUGGACUUCACUGGUGGAGUCUUCAGUAUCCUACAGAUGAUCAUUCAGUCUUACAACAAUGAUGAGUGGAAGCUGGUGUUUGGUGACCCCACCAAGUUCGGUCUGGGUCUGUUUUCUGUGGCGUUUGACAUCGUCUUCAUGACUCAGCACUAUUGUCUCUACAAACAGCCAGCACAGUAUGAAGCCAUUCCAGAGCAGCAGGUCGACUGAUCCGAACACUUUGCUACAACCAAAGGGAAGCCACAAAGAAAGGGAUUCAAUCGAAGCUAAAUGUUAGUUCUGUUGUUGCCUUCAGGCUUCCAGCAGGAAGUUCAGUUUAUCUCGUCUCAGAUUUGGCUCAUCAGAGAUCCAUAGAACCUCUUCUGAACAGCCUCAGGGAACUCUCUUCUUUUAUAUGUACACCUGCAUAAUGCUAUAUAGAUAGUUCUUUUAUUCAACACUCUGCCUCAGUCUGUAAUUUGGAUAUGUAAUUAAUAGUAUGCUCCGACUCUUUUUUAUUUUCUCAUGCUUUUUCAUUAAACGAAGUGGGGAAAA